AUGUUCACUAACAUAGCUCUGCGGGCGGUCCUGAAAUCCCCCGCCGGUGUUUUGCGGGAGUUUUGCUCUGCUGCGUUGUUGCCGUUCCCUCUGUGUUUUGUUUGCUCACUCUUGCUUUAUUUUGCUAACAGCAGCAUCAAGAGGUGGACGUCAGAUUCAACACAGUACACACAUCCUUCCUUCGACAGUGACGAGCCAAAUCCAGUAUACCUGUCUCACCUCAGUUUCCUUGACAUCCCAAAGAAACUAAGCAGAGAAGAGGACGAUCUUUGGAUAAACCAUGCAGGGGACACCAGCGACCUGGGAGAGUCCAUUUGUGGAUCGUCAUUAAUUCCUGGAUACUCUGGUUCAAACAGUGACUCAGUUCCAUACGCCACUGUGAUCUUCUCUGGUCCAUGCAGCAGUCCUUCACCCACAGAGCCUCACGUCUACCUGCGCUCCGAGUCCACGCAGCCGCUCCUGGAGACUGACGAGUCUUGCAGUCCAAAGUGCUACCAGAAUAUGGCUGCAACUGCAACUGAGCCGUGUUUCUUCGGAUCAGACCAUGAUUGCGUAGUUGAAGAAGGAGCAGACCCUGCAGCCAUUAUCUGGGAUGACUUUCCUUUCCUACGAGCAUUAGCCAUGAAUGAUAUGCAAAAUGACUGAAAGUGCUUUCCUGAUUCGAAGAAGAUCUGCUUUUACAAGAUUCAUGUCAAUCAGAGUUUGUGUACUGAGACGAUUGGGAUUCAUUGAUCAAGCACAGCUGUAAAUACAGUAUAUACUAGAUUUAAGGCUUCAUUUGAUGAUUGAUGUCACCUCUUUUGAAAAUGUUUGUCUAAAAAUAAAUGGAUAUAUUGCUGUAGUUAUAGUACUGUGGGUUAUACAGUAUGAAACUGUGAAAGUAAACUGUAUUGCUGUUUCGGUGCCUCCUGUUUUUAAAUAUGCUAUCAUUGUUUUUGGACCCUCACUCCUUUUAAUUGUUCAUGCAAAAUAUGAGAUAUUAUGGCAAUUUGGUGUUGUAUACUUUCCAUAAUGACAUGAUAUACACUGACUUUAAAUCAGUUAAAAAGGGCUUGUAGUUGUGCUAGAGGAACAGGACACUCCUCUAUAUCAAUUUGUAAUCCUUCUUAUAUUUCAUAUGAAUAUUUUUGCUUGACUUCCUCUUUUUCCUAUAACUAAAUGAAUUUACAUAUAUAAGAAAAAGGAUGAUUUUUGUCACUUCCAAAUGAUUCCAAACUAAUGCCAAAUGAUAUCAUGACUGUGAAGGAACGGGAAGCAGCUCUGUGGUUUGAUUUCAGUACAUUUUAUGUUUGAUGUGUCUUUGUAUUUUGUACGAAUAUGAAUAUUAAAACUCAGACAAUGGCAUAUUGUAUGAGGCCCAGAUA